AUGGAAAGCCAGGGGAAUCUUGAAGCCGCUAGAAAGUGCUUGUCAACUAGCUUGGAAACAUCAAGCGUUAUUGGCUCUGCAUUAGAAGAGUCUGGCUCAAGAUUGGAGCUACUUAAACAGAGAUGUCUGUCCUUGCAAGCUUCACUUAGACCCAUCUCAAUGCAAAAGUGUUUUUUGGUCAACAUUGGUCAAAGCAUAGACAGUGUUCUAUGUUCUGCUGCUGCAGCCCUCAAGGUUUUUGACUCUGUUCAUCAAUUGGAGCAUUCUCUCUUGACAGACCCCAGUUCUGAUCUAUACACGUAUGUCUCAGACACAAAGAAGCUUGAGGAAGCACUGAAGCUUCUCACUGAUAAUUGCAGAUUAGCAGUGGGCUGGUUGCACGGCGUUUUUGAGUUCUUACAAGACAAAGCAAUCACCAAUGAGCUUUACCUGUUGAAUGUGAAUAAAUCUUUGAAAAUAUUGCAAGAAUUGCAGGUCAUGGAGGUACGUGCUCGGCUUCAUGGAGGCUUUCUUAGUACUGCCUUUGACAAACUAGAGAUUGAGUUCCACAGGCUUUUGAUGGCAAACUCGAUGCCUCUCCCUUUGGUUUCAUUAACAUCACACAUUGGUCAGCAAGCCAGCAUUGCCAAACAAACUUUUCUAAUGAAUGGUUCUUCAGCAGGGAGAUUACAGGCCAUCAUUGAGAGAUUAAGUGCCAAUGACAGGCUCGACAAGUGUGAAUCUAUAUAUGUUGAAGUUCGAGGUACGAAUGCUCGUCGAAGUUUGAAGACUUUGGAUUUGAGUUACCUUGAGAUUCCAACUGCUGGAUUUGAGAAUGUACAGUGUAUGGAGAGUUACAUAGACCAAUGGGGCAGCCAUUUGGAGUUGGUUGUGCAGCAACUGCUUGAGGUUGAGUACAGGCUCUCAAAUAAUGUCUUUGGGAAAAUUGGUCCAGAAGCAUGGAUGGGAUGUUUUGCAAAGAUAGCCGUUGAAUCAGGAAUUCUUUCUUUUAUACAAUUUGGAAGGAUUGUUACUGAGAGGAAAAAUGACCCCUUCAAGUUGUUGAACCUGCUGUCCAUAUUCAGGGUCUUAAAUGGUCUAAGACUAAAAUUCAACCAGCUUUUCAGUGGGAAAGCUUGUGAAGAAAUUAGAACUGUGACAAAGGAUCUUAUCAACAAAGUUGUUAAUGGUGCCAGUGAGAUAUUCUGGCAACUUCCAGCACAAGUGAAGUUGCAAAGGCCAACUUCUCCUCCCCCUGAUGGCGGCGUUCCCCGGCUGGUAAACUUUGUUACUGAUUACUGCAAUCAGCUGCUUGGAGAUGCCUAUGGGCCACAUUUGACACAGGUUUUGAAAAUACAUCUUAGCUGGAGAAAGGAAGUGUACGAAGAGGGUAUUGUUUUAAGCAAAAUAUAUAAUGCAAUUAAGGAGGUUGCAGUAAAUUUGGAUGCUUGGUCAAAGGCCUAUGAAGAUAUCACUCUGUCCUACCUUUUUAUGAUGAAUAAUCACUGUCAUUUCUACAGUUUGAGGGGGACUGUGCUUGGAAAUAUGAUGGGAGAUUCUUGGUUAAAAGCCCACGAACAAUAUAAGGACUAUUAUGUAGCACUUUAUUUGAGGAAUAGCUGGGGAAAGCUUCUAACUAUUCUUGUGCAAGAAGCAAUCAAGUUGGGUGAUCUCCGAUGA